AUGCGACUGCUGAAUACCCGCACUCUGCAAUUGACAGAAUUCGUAGAUUUUAUCCCUCCGUAUGCGAUUCUGUCGCACACAUGGUCACCGAAAGAAGUCUCCUUCCAGGAAAUCCACGCGGCCGAAGCACGGCACAAGCAGUAUGCGUGGGUUGACACCUGCUGCAUUGACAAGUCAAGCAGUGCUGAUCUUUCUGAAGCCAUCAACUCUAUGUUCCGGUGGUACGCGCGUGCGCAUGUAUGCUAUGUUUACCUUGCGGGUGUUGAGGGCCCGUACAGGAAGGACGCGAAGACCAUUCUUCUGACAUACACGCCGGACGGUGCCGCGAGUCGAUGGUAUAGCCGAGGCUGGACACUCCAAGAACUUUUGGCACCAUCAAAUAUUAUCUUUUAUAACCGGGAAUGGCAGCGGAUAGGGACCAAGCGUCAGCUGCUUACAGAGAUAUCCGAUAUAGCAAGCGUGGACGAGGUGAAUUUAGUCAAACUCAAUCUUAAGCCCACCUGUAUAGGGCAGAAGAUAUCGUGGGCCUCGCGGCGAAAACUACCAGAAUAG